UUCGCAAACUUUCAAUAGCCGCUGAGGGAAGUAAAGGAAGCCUUGAUUCGUGGAAUUAUUUUGCAAAAUCGUGAAGCGUAGAAACGUGGGGUAUUCUGCCGAAACUGAACAACUUGCGAUCAUUUUGAUGUGCUUGGAGUGUAAUAAUCAACUUAGAACGGACUUUGCACACAAAAGUAGCAUCAUCUGUCGCUGCGAUCGAUUUGCGUCGUGCUACUCGCGGGGUGGAUAUAUUUUUCCCCCAGUUUGAUGUUAAUUUUACUGUUGACCACAAUUAAUUGGUUGUAAAAUGUUCUCGUCUAAGAAAGAUAUCGAUCGACACGUUAAAACAUCGCUCAAUAAGCUGCCGGAAAAUGAGCGCUACCUACGGGGUCUUGCUAUCGCCCGGCAGUAUUUUAGGUUGAACGAAUUUGCCAGCGCAGAGCACUGGUUGUCGUGCUAUCUGUCGGUGCAGGAGGACAGCGCUUCAGCACACAAAUUGCUCGGCCAGUGCUACGAGAAACAGCGAAAGUUUGACCGGGCCAUCACGUCGUAUCAGCGUUCCCUGCAGCUGGACUCCAAGCAAACAGGGCUGAUUACGGAGGUUUGUAAGCUGCUUCUGAUGGACGAAAAUUUAAGCAAGAAUUUGUCGAAAGCGAAACACUGGUGCGAUCUAGCGGAAUCCGAACGCAUCAACCAUGAGGCGGUGCUCAACCUGAAGCUAAAGGUCGCCAACAAGGAUGCCACCACGGACAAGAAGAUGGUGAAGGAUAUCAUUUUGAAGGAGAUCAUUGCGCGCCCGCUCGAUCCAUCCCUGCGCGUCCGGUUGGUGGACUACUUUAUCGAUGAGAAAAAGCUGGAUGAAGCGUUCAAGUAUUGUUUCGAGCUGGAGAUGAAAUUUUCCGAUUCGUUCCUGCAGUCGAUCGAGUGGACGAACGGUGUGGCCAACCUGCUGGCCAAGUACACCGAGUCGCCAGCGGGCCAACAGAAACACUGGAAUUACUAUCUUCUGCAGGCGAUCGUGCUUGAUCGGCAGAUCUACCUUAAUCUGCUGGCCGAUUCCACGAUGGAAACUAUCAAACGUAGCAACAUGAAGGAGGUGGCUCACAAACUUUACGAACUGGACCAGACGCUUCGACAGGUAGCUGAGAAGGGCCGCAAUGCGGCUCCGCAGAAGCAGAUGGCGCACGAGUAUCUGCGUCACUAUCGCGGCCAGCUGUUGCUGUAUUCAGCAUCGUUGCUGUUCAAAGGCUCAACACAGGAUCAGACCGGGACUAAUGUGGGCCGCUCUCGGGAUACCACGAAGAAAUGUCUGGCGCUGCUAUUGUUGGCAUACCAGUGCGGUGUACCGGACCCGGACGAGCAGUGGUUGAAGCAGAGCAAUGAGUCGACACGUCACGUCAUGGCAUUCUGGAAUAAACAGGCCGCAUUUCGGUGCUGCCAGGCCGGCAGUACCGUGCUGUCGUGCGUUGAAGAAAGCGUUGACGUGUCAGUGCUUGCUCAGAUUCAGAGCGUCACCGAGUCCAAGGUUUGGACAACAGCUGAUGAUCUCAUUAAUCAGGUUCGUCAACUAUGCUCCGAUCCCGGAUGGCGCAAGCAGGUGUUUCGCUCGCUCUACCCCUCCGGCGACCCGUCGGCAAAGGCCUCAUCGGCGUCCUAUUUCGUCCAGGAUGGAACUGCCUUCGGCGAACCGCAGUAUGUGCUGCCGAAACGCGAACAACUCGAUCUAUAUCUAGAGCUGGCACAACCACUGUACCCUUCGUCGCUUCCGUACUUGGUCUACCUCGGGCUCGUCAUGGGCACCGAAAACCUGUCCGAGUUACGCUGCAAAGCCUUCCCGCGGCUGAACUUUUCCACCAACAACCUCGAGAACUGCAACCUGGAGACGCUGAACCAGCUCGACAUGGACUCGUUCCUCUACUGCGCAAUUCUGGUGGCACAGAGCAACUUGGACGGUGCGCGGCAACAUCUGCAUCAUCAGCAGCAAGGUCGUCCAUCGUUGCUUCCGGCCGCCAACCUUAUCCCGCUGCUAUGCGAAGACAACAAGAUCGACUGGUGGAGCACGGCCUAUCAUCUGAUUCGGAGCAGCACGGCGAAGGAUGCGGCGGCCAGCGUGGCGGAACAGAGGCAGCUGCUGCAGCAUGGUCUACAAGCGAUCCGCGGCACUGGUGCACCGUUGUGCGAUGUGAUCGUGUUGCUGAAGCUCGGUCAGGUUCUCGCGAAGCGCGCGUCCGGAAGUACGCUGAUUACGGCGGAAGAGCGACGCUAUGUUGAGUGUCGGGCCGAGGCCGUCUACCGUGCGGGUGUGCUGCUCUGGAAGAUCCGCAGCGAAUCGUCUAGCCUCGGUACCGGUCCUGGGAUGUUCUUCAAGUAUGGCAUCGAGUCAUACGAUUGCCAGCAUGAGACAGUGAAGCUAGCAGAGACAGCCAUAACGUUUCUUGCGAGCGUGUACUUCAAGCACGGUCGGUACGAAGAGUUCACGCAGGACUUUGGUGGCAUACCGCUGCCGUUUGCAGCGUACUUCCGCGCCGAAGCGUUCCGUAAGCUAGAUGAAUCGAACAAGACGCCGCUGAAGGCGAAGAAGUUCUACUCGGAGCGGGCCCGCGAGUGCAUCCGGCAGACGCAGCGCUACUUGGAGUUGCCGUACAUCGAUCGCAACCACCCGCUGAACUUUGUAGUACAGAACGAGCUGAAGCGACUGUCAUCGUUGAACGAUUCGCUGGAUGGAAGUCUUAACACUUCCGCCAACGGGGGCGGUGGGGACGAUAGCGAUCAGUUCCAAUCGUUUACCUCUUCGUUGACAAACCCAAUGAUAGCCGGCGGUGGAGCCGGUGGCGCUGGCGCAAUGUCCGGUCAUGCUGAUCGCGAUACAGCCACUGCUGCUGCGACUGCGGCUGCUACGGUUUGUUUAGCGAAGACGAACGAACUAGAGUCACUCAUAAGACAGAUGAUGGAAACACUCACGUUCGUGAAGGAGGAUGUGCUGGGAAUUCGUAACGAUGUUGGCGAUAUGCAGGAUCGGUUAGUGAAGAUCGAGGAGAACAUCUAUAGAAAACCUGCCGAAAAGGUCGGUGGAACUUCCGUCGGUGGCGGAACUAGUUCGAGUGGCGCAGCGCCAGUCAUCGAUGAGCCAUCGACAGUGUCUGCCGCCGCAACGGCCGCCGCUAUGCAGGCCAUGAACGACAUGUAUCUCAUGGACGAGUUCCAAAAUAACGCGGCCGCAGCAGCAGCUGCUGCCGCUUAUCAUCAGGCAGCCACCGUUGGUCGUCUGCCACCUCAGCAAACGCCCUAUCAUGCCCUGUACGCGAACGCUUACCCGAACUACUUGUCUCAAGUCGCGUCGUCCCCACAUCAACAGGUGCAGAUUCUAGCAUCACGCGGUCACCCGAUGGGACCGAUGGGAGCAUCACCGAUGCACCAAGCAGCGUACCAGCAUCCGGACAGUCUGCUUGUGGCUGCAGCUGGUUCUCCGGCGGCAACCGCCGGAGGUUAUCAUAAUCCUGUGUACCAGCCACAGCAGGUUCCACCACCGCCAGUUGCACCCCCCGGAGCACCGGCGAUGCUAGCUGCGGCUCCCAGUACGACCAAUAAUACUACGCCAAUGCAAAAACAGGCGGGCGGCCUUUCGAUCGAGCAGUCGCUCCAAACGCCCGCUUUGUUGAGCAGCUGGAACAACACCUACAACAACACUUUUAACAUUCCACCGUCCGGCAUUGGUGGCGGUGGUGGUGGUGUGGCAGUGUCGGCCGGUAGUGUGACAGCUCCUGCUCCAGCUCCUGCGCACCACCUUCCACCACCAGUGGUCGAAGUAAAAGGCGGAGCACCGGUGAACGUGGUCAUCACUAGCUCCGAUCCGUUACCGCCGCCACCGAGUGGUAAUAGCUCCACGUUCGCUUCCGGUACAGGUGGCGUACAGCCGACAUACAGCGUUACGAUUCCUCCCCAGCACAUCAAGCAUAGCAACACCGGAGGCAGCAUUGGUCAGGGCACGACCGGCGGCAGCAUGAACGUUUCAAAGGCAGUGGAAGCUAUCUCACCGGCGGCAUCAUCUAACACUACGCCGCAGUUUUCGCUGGCGGCCACCACCGCGCCGACGGCAAUUAAACCGGUUGCUUCCGUCUCGGUUUCGUCUCCAUCGUUCUUCGCCAAUCUGAUGUCCGCUUCGCCGGCCGCCAAGGUAACCGACGGUGGUGCGGACGAUGGCGAUGACGAUGAUGACGCGCGAAACGUUUCGGGCAGUGCCCCCGAGUACGAUCCGCGCCCCGACUUCCAGCCGAUCAUUCCACUGCCCGAUGAGAUUGUGGUGCGCACGGGCGAGGAGGACGAGGAGCAGAUGUUUACCGGGCGCUCGAAGCUGCUCCGUUUGGUCGAUCGCGAGUGGAAGGAGCGCGGACUGGGUGAACUGAAAAUUCUGCGCUCGAAGGCGGAUCCGAGCAAGUAUCGGAUCGUAAUGCGGCGUGAGCAGGUGCACAAGAUCUGCGCCAACCAUUACAUCACGCCGGAGCUGAUCAUCAAGCCGAUGGAGAAGCGCCCCGAGUGCUACAUCUGGGCGGCGAUGGACUUUGCCGACGAGCAACCGCGCAAGGAGUCGUUCUGCGCACGCUUCGGUAGUGCCGAUCUGGCGAAGCAGUUCUACGAGGCGUUCGUGGCGGCACGCAAUGAGGUGGCCCGCCUGAGAGGAAGCGAUUCAUCCGCUGGAGACACCACUUCGGCACCACCGCCAACCACAACGGGGAGCUUUACGUUCAGCAGCACUCCAAAGUCGACGGGUGGCAAGGGCAGCAGCAGCAGCACUACGACUAACACCACCACGCCUCAGGCGGCACCGACCUCGACUUCGAAGCCGUUCGGGGAGUUUACAUUCGCGAAGAACUACACACCACCUGCCAAAACCACCGGCGAGCAGCCGACUGGCGCCUCCUCCACGCAGCAGACCGACGGGAAACCGAGUCCGUUCGCUUCAUUCACUUUCAAGGCGGCACAGCAAGGGGCGGACGGCACAGCAGCAGCCCCGGCUAGCUUUGGUAACAUCUUCGGUUCAUUGAACACAAACACCAGCGGCGGUGCUCUAGGAUUUGAGGAGAAGGAUUUCAAAUGCACCCACGAGGUUUCCAUCGUUGGCUUGAAGCGUAAAGAUCAACCACAGGCUAAGGAGUGGACGGACUGCGGUGUGUCGAGUGGAAAUUUGCGUCUCCUUGCUCCUUGCGUCUCAUCUUCGAUGACGGCGGCGGCGGCGACGGUACGAUUGCUACUGCGCAAACCGCCCCCGCUACCCACCGUUUGCCUUAAUCAGAUCCUGGCCACAGAAACCAAAUUCGGCGCGAUCGAAAAGAAUGGUUGUACCUGGACCGUAGCACAGGAUGCCGCUUAUCCGAUGGCGAAGGGUCCGAUCACGUUUGCCGCGUUCUUCAAGACCGGCGACGAACGUGAUCGUUUUCUGGUUACCGUUCAGAACACACUGUCCCCGAAGGCAGCAGCAACAACGAAAGCGGCUACUGCCGGUGCUGGUGGCGCUGGAUUUGGUGAUCUGUUCAAACCGAAAUCGGGCAGCUGGGAUUGCAGCCAGUGCUACGUGAACAACAAAGCCGACGCUAGCCGGUGCCUCGCGUGUGAUGGACCGCGGGAUCCUUCAAAGAAGGACGAUAGCAGUACCACCCUGGCGGCUAAAUCGAAACCCGCGGGAGGCCUGUUUGGUAGUCUUGUCCCACCGGCCGACGGUGGCAGUAAGUUUACGUUCGGUAUGCCACAAACGACGGCGCUCACGGCCGGUACGACACCAAGCUUCGGCGUUAAGAAGGAUGAGUCGGUUAAACCAGCGACGCCGGUGGUGGUAACAUCCACUCCGGCAAAGACUGGAACUGGUACUGCAGGAGGAGGAGUAGGCUUUGGCGAUAAAUUCAAACCGAAACCAGGUGCAUGGACGUGCAACGGGUGCUAUCUGUCAAACGCAGCCGACACCCUCUACUGUCUCAGCUGCGAAGCUCCGAAAGACGAUACUGUACCGAAAAAGUCGGCCAAUACUGGUGGCACACCGGCCGGUGCUUCGGUAGCUGGGCUGCUGAAAGCAGCCGACACUAUGCCAAAGUUUAAUUUCACCGCCGGAGGCGGCUUCACUUUUGGUGCAACAUCAUCGGCGGUAGCUGGACCGACGGCAACCACCACCACUUCAACAGCAUCCACCGUGCCUACUUCAAUUCCAGCAUCUAUUACACCACAACCACCACCGGCGUUCGGGGGAACUGGUGGAUUUACAUUCGGUAGUCCUAUGAAGCCGGCGACUGCUACUCCAGCAGCAUCUCAGUCAUCGGACAGUCUCGGCCAGGGAGGGCUUGUUAAGCCCGUGUUUAAGUUCGAACUUCCCACACCGGCCGGUGGUCUAUCCUUUGGUUCGAAGCUAACCUCCGGUGGCGGAGAUGCCAUCAGCAAGCUAGACCCGCCGGAGAAGGCAACGUUUGGGUUUGUUUUUAAACCGAAAUCGCCAGGACGCACAUUGAGCGGGGGUUCGACCGGACCAGGAGUAGCCACCGAGGGAGGCGCCGGCGACGAUGAUGGUGCCGCCGGCGGUGACAACAGCGUCACGGAGGAGGAGAAUAACACCUACUUUGCCCCAGUAAUCCCACUCCCGGACAAGGUCGAAGUGAAAACCGGUGAAGAAGACGAGGAUAUUUUAUAUGCACAUCGCGCCAAAUUGUACCGGUUCGUAUCCUCGGAGUGGAAGGAACGUGGCAUCGGAGAUGUAAAAAUCUUGAAACAUAAAGAAACGGGCAAACUAAGAGUUGUAAUGCGCCGCGAGCAAGUCCUAAAGAUCUGUCUGAAUCACGCGCUGACCGAGGACGUUUGCUACUCGAAGAAGGACGAUAAAUCGUGGCAGUUUGUAGCGAACGACUUCUCCGAGGGUGCGUUCGAGCUGAUGAAUUUCUGCCUGCGCUUCAAGUCGACCGAUAUCGCACAAGAGUUCCGCGAUGCCAUCACUGAUGCACUGAGUGGCAAGCUGACCGCAAGCACAAGUCAGGUAGCCACCGGUGGCGGCGGAGCUAAAUCAUCGGAACUGCACGAUUCCACGAUCACGUCCACCACAUCACCCGGCGGUGCAACCGGCGAACUGAACUUUUCCAAGCUAAGUGAUAUAUCGCUGAAUGAGCGCGAAACGGCACAGAAGCUAAAGCUACCAGAUAAUUUCUUCGACUGCCCCGCGACAACCUGUGUGGGAUGUCGCGGAUGCGAUCCGGAUGCAUAUGUGUUUCCAACUGUGGACGGCAGGAAUCUCGUAGGCGAGACGGAUGCCGACGAUGAUCCCUUACCGAUCGAUAUCAAGGAUGUGAAACCGCUUCCGAAGCUCGUUCCGAAGCAAGUUACUUUUGGCACACCAUCCACCGCGGGAGAUAACCCGGCUACGGUUACAGCCGCUGGUACAGCUGCUGCGGUGGGAGUAGGAGGAGGAGCACUGUUUGCUGGAUUCUCAUCCGGAGCAGCUACUAAGACGACUCCAGUUUUUGCUGCGAGUAAUGCUACCAGUAACUUUUUGUCAUCCGAGCAGAAGUCGUCGUCGUCUCCGUUUACCCCGGCGAACAGUUCCAUUUUCAGUGAGAGCCCCACCACGAACACAGAUCAGUCGGGAGGGGCUAACGUCAACAAUAAGUUAAUAUUUGGAAGCUCAACUGGCGUUGGUUCGUCUUCGGCAGGUGGUGGUGGAUCUAUUUUUUCAGCGUCACUCAACACCACUCCGAAAACAUCAUUCGUUUCGCCACCUUCGUCCACCGUUCCGGCUGGUACUACAGCAACGGACGACGGGGAGAAAAAGGUCGAAGUUGUUACGUCCAAACCCUCCUCCACGACUACCGUCACUUCGUUGUUGCAACAGGCAACCCUAACGACGCCUUCACCUGCGAAACCGGCGCAGAGUGGCGGUAGUCUGUUCGGUUCAGUCAGCUUUGGUAGUGGUGGCGGUGGCGGCGGCUUUGGGUCGACCGGAAGCACUACUAACAUCUUUGGUGGGCCGAACAUCUUUGCCACUCCACCAACGUCGACUGCCGGCGCACCGGCCAACACCACCAGCACCACAUCGGGUGGAGGUCUUUUUGGUAGCGUUACCGGAUUCGGUGAUUCCGCGCUGAAACAACCAUCCGUGUUUGGUGGCAGUGGUUUCACGUUCGGCGGCCUUGCUAAACAGGCCAACGCAGCAUCUCCGUUGACGACCAACACUCCAUCUCCAUUCGGGAAAUCUACUGAGGCAGCACCGGUGCUCAAAAUGGACGAUAAUGUGAGCUUUGCGUCCCUUGCGAGCAACAGCCCGGACUUCAGUGGGUUCAUGAAGAAAGGAGAUGAAGCUGUCGCAGGGCCCGGCGGUAGUAACAGCAAACCAACAGGCGUAGGAGGCUUCGUGGGACUGACGGUGAAAGAGGACUUCUUUUCACGCUCGGCAGCGGCGAAAUUAAACAGCAGCGCCGAAGGUACCGGUAACAAUGGUAAUGCGGAGGACUCGGUGGGUGGGGAUGGUGCUGGAGCAGGUGAUGAAAACUACGACCCGUACUACGCCCCGGUGAUACAGCUUCCCGACGAGAUCGAAGUCCGUACGGGCGAAGAGGAUGAGACGAAACUGUUCGGAGAUCGUGCCAAGCUGUACCGGUACGACUCAGAUACAAAGGAAUGGAAAGAACGAGGUGUUGGUGAGUUGAAGGUCCUACACCAUCCUGUACGCAACACGUACCGGCUCCUGCUGCGGCGUGAGCAGAUCCACAAGCUCGUGCUGAAUCAUGCCAUUACAGCCGAGCUCGCCAUCACCCCAAUGAACAAUUCUGCCAAGGCAUUCAUGUGGGGUGCAAUGAAUCACGCCGAGUCGCCAGGUCAGCUGGAGAAGCUGGCAGUUCGCUUCAAGAACGAGGCCAUCGCCGACCAGUUUCGUGGUGUGGUGGAACAGUGUCAGGAGAGUUUGCGCUCCCGGCCAGAUCUUGAGCCGGACCAGGAUUAGUGUUAGGAGUUAGCACCGUGAAAUUGUAAUAGGUUCGGAUUUCUGUAGUUCUGUUCAUUAUCAUUAUCGUCGUAUGACUUCGUAUAGUACUCCAUAUACCAUCUAUUCGUUCGCAUGCCUAUGCUUAUACUAAACGGCAGAGUAGGGAUAACAUUCUGCUCGCUAAAAGACUCCCGCGGCGAUACGGUACGCAUUAGAAUAACAUGAAAUGUCGUUUAUCUCUUUUAGGUGUAAGGUAGAAGUAACGAUUACUGAAGAAUUGUUAUAUGCAACACAACGAAAUAAAUUCAAUGGAAAUUCAAUAAAUAAGACAUACAACAAA